UGCCCUGCACUGGCAGCAGGGCAGUGGCACUCCCUUGGCUCAGGGAUGGGAGGAGGGGACACUCGUGUCACCCUGUCACCCAGGAGGGCUCCCAGCCACCAGGCUCUGCAGCAGAUCUCUCUCUUCCAGCCAGCCUGUUUUGCAGUCUAGCCCCAGCUGCCACUCAGGAGGCUCAGCUGAUCCUGGGAUCCCUUGCAGAUGUGCACUGAGCAGAGCUGGUUUCCUUGCAGGACAUGGCACAGACAGUGACAUCAGGCACCUCCCCAGAGGGGCCUCGUCCCUCCUACAUGUACAAGGUGGUGCUGCUGGGCAGCAUGUCCGUGGGCAAGUCAAGCCUGGCCUGCAGAUACGUGAGGAACGACUUCAGGGAGCUGCUGCCAACCGUGGGAUGCUCCUUCUUCACGCAGACACUGGACCUGGAGGAGGCCACGGUCAAGUUUGAGAUCUGGGACACGGCGGGGCAGGAGAAGUACCACAGUGUCUGUCACCUCUACUACCGGGAUGCCCAGGCUGCCCUCAUCGUUUAUGACAUUGCUAACAAGCAAACAUUCAGCAGAGCAAAGCUGUGGCUGGAGGAGCUGGAGAAGAGAUUCCUUCCCGAUGAAAUCGUGAUUGCUCUGGUGGGCAACAAAACAGACCUUGCUGCUGAGAGAGAGGUCACCACUGAGGAGGCAGAAGAGUUUGCACAAACAAAAGGCCUCCUGUUCAAGGAGACAUCUGCAAAAUCCAACUAUCAAGUAACUGAUGUCUUCAUGGCUGUGGUCCAAGAGCUCCUGAGGAGGGAAAAGGAGAAUGCACCCAAGCCAUCCCCACAUGGGAGGUCGACCGUGGACCUGAGUGGGAGCGGGGCGAGGCCGAGGUGCUGCAGGAGCUGAGGACUCUGCACCCGGCAGGGCUGGACUCAGCCUCCACGAGGGGCAGUGACACGGCAGGGGGACCCAGAGCUGCAGGCACAGCUCAGCCUGGCCACCCUCUCUCUCUCAAAGCCAGCUCAGAGCCCAUCCUGGGCACAUGGGGCCUCUUCAAGCCUUCAGCACCAUCUUCUGCUGGGAGAUCCUCAGGGGUUUCUUCCACCAAUCUUCCAUUUCCAGAGAAAAGCACAGCCUGCCAGGAACACUGCCCCCAACCCUGACUGGUGACAUCCCCCACCCCCAGCUGUCACCUCUUCCAUCUCCCUUUCCAUCUGAAAAGGGAGGGUUUAAUUUCCCAAGGCAAAGAUCCCAGUGGUUUUACACCCAGGCUGCAAAUAAAGAGAA